UUGUUUCACUUGCAAGCUGACUGUGCUGUGUGCAGGGCCUCGUUCUUUUCUCUUGAAAAUUGAUCUUUAAAAGAAAAUUGGAAAUGAGGACAAAGUGGUCUUAAGUGGGGAUGCUUCUGUCAUGGGUUCAGAGUGCAAGGAGAGCGGAGAUGUUGACUCAUCUCAACAGGACGCCGCCAGUGUCGCAGAUGUUUCAGUGGAGGUGUCCACGGUGGACCACACACUAAAGAAGCCGUGCAGGAAGUACAGGAGGACGAGGAGGAAGCCCAAAGGUCUGUCCAGGCUGUGGGCCCACCUGCUGAGUGUCCAGCACUUGGCUGUCAUCAUCACGGCUGUGGUCUUUGUGCUGGUGGUGAUUCUGUGGUCGGUGCUCUGGGUCUUUAUAUUUCGGCACGAAGGCAACAGCGGCGUAUACUUUGCUGGGAUGUUCCGCGUGGCUAACGUGGAGUUCAUCCCGGAAUACCGCCAGGCAGAAUCUCACGAGUUUGUCUCCAUGGCGACGAAAAUACAACAUGUGGUGAGCGGUGUGUACAAGAUGUCCUCAGUGGCUCGCCUAUACAAACACACCAUCAUUUCGGACCUCAGUACUAACAACAAGGGAGGGGUACUGGUGCACUUCUGGAUGGUGUUUGAGGUCCCUCACCUGAAGAGCGUGGCGGUCUGCGAGGAGUGUGUGGGCAUCAUCCUCAGGGACUCGGUCCACACCAACCUGAAGAACCGCUCAUCGGUGGGCUACAUUUUGGGCCUGCCUGUGGACAUCGACUCAAUCCUCGUCAAUGCUGUCCAGCGCUCAGAUUACUCAUUCAAUGCAGCAGGCUCCCAGUGUAUAGACAAACUUUAUGCCAGCCUUCCCGUGGUGAAGGUCCCUUUAAACAUCUUUUCGUCAUGGGGUGGUGUGCGAUGCCACGUAAAGCUCACCGCCAUGCCCGGUUUUCUCAUCCGGCUGACCGUCGCCUCCUUCCAAAUCGAGCCCAGUGACUCAGCCUCAGUGUGCGUAUCUCACAUCGCAUCACAACCGCACGUGACCGGCCAGAUUUACAGCCCGUUCCACCCCAGCCUCAUGCCCCCCCACUGCUUUUGCACUUGGAUCUUUCAGACGCCUGACGCCGCUUUGGGGGUUGCACUGCUGCUCCACAACUAUGUGCUGAAACCAAAAGACAUGAAGGGCUGCGAGCACGGAUGGUGGAGGGUCAACGAAGUUAUUUUCUGUGGCACCUACGUGGGACACGAGAGCGUGUUUCGCAUCGCAGAGCGCAGCGCCGAGGUGGAGUUUCGCUGCACCUCACAAAGCGCUGCGCAACCUUUCCGGGCGUCGUACAGCAGCUACAACAUCAGCCAACCCUGUCCGGAAAAUCACUUCCUCUGCUCCACGGGACUCUGCGUGGACAAAAGUCGACGCUGCGACGGGCUGGACGACUGCCAGGAUGAGAGCGACGAGGUCUUCUGCUCAAGACCCAACAAGAAGUGUGAUGGCAGCAGCCCUCUGCAUCCUCUGUUUGUCUGCAACGGCGAGAUGGACUGCGCCAACGGAUUGGAUGAAACCAACUGCACACAGGAAACGAGCUGCUCAGCCGUCAGCUAUCGAUGCCGCAGCGGCUCGUGCAUCCGGAAAAAGAACGCCAGGUGCGACGACGUCGCCGACUGUCAGGACGGCAGCGAUGAACACGACUGUGCUUGCGGGCUUCCCGUCCCCCCCGGGUCCCCUCGCAUCGUGGGCGGCACUGACUCCGAGGAGGGCGAGUGGCCUUGGCAGGUCAGCCUGCACUUCUCGGGUCACCUGAUCUGCGGCGCCUCCGUGGUCUCGUCCGAUUGGCUGGUCUCGGCGGCGCACUGCUUCGGCAAAGACAGGCUGUCCGACCCCCGCCGCUGGCGAGCGCACCUGGGCGCGUCGACGCAGGGCAGUCCCGGGCACGUGGCGGAGAUCCAGCGCAUUGUGGUGCACGAGUACUAUGAUCCCCAAACGCUGGACUACGACGUGGCGCUGCUGCGGCUCAAGAGGGCGUGGCCGGCCUCGCUGGGCCCUCUGGUGGCGCCCGUGUGCCUGCCCGGCGCUUCGCACGCCGUCACUGCUCGACACCGCUGCUGGGUGACGGGGUGGGGACAUCGCUCUGAGGAAGACAAGUCGCUGCCGUCCGUGCUACAGAAGGCGCAGGUGUCCGUCAUGAGCCAGACGGAGUGCAAGAAGACUUACGGUCCCGUGUCCCCCCACAUGCUUUGCGCGGGGGUCCCGUCAGGGGAGCGGGAUGCCUGCAGGGGGGAUUCGGGCGGGCCUUUAUCCUGCCGGGCGCCGGGCAGGGGUCGCUGGUUCCUGAUCGGCAUCGUCAGCUGGGGGGCGGGCUGCGGCAGACCGCACCUGCCGGGGGUCUACGCCCGGGUCACCAAGUUCACCUCGUGGAUCUACGACCAUAUCAGCUGACUCCCGAAACACACACACAAAAAAAAAAAAACACAAAGUGAAACUUGGCUAAAGUUUGGCUUCUGUAAUCCAGCCCACCGAGCAUUUUUUUCUUGAAUAGAAGAGAAUAGAACUUUGUCUUAACAUUUACAUCACCAAGAAAGUGAAAUUUUUUUGCAUUAAUUUAGACAUUCUUUUCCUGACUUUGGUUCAGAUGUAUUUAUAAAAUAUAUUAAUUUUUAUAUUCAUUUAUCUCAUUGAAUAAUUUAUUGAUUCAUUUUCAAUACUAAAAUAAAAAAUAUUUGAAAAUAUCCAUCCAUUUUCAACACCGCUUAUCCUGGUUUGGGUCGCGGGGCGCCGGAGCCUAUCCCAGCGGACUUCAGGCGAAAGGCGGACUACACCCUGAACUGGUCGCCAGUCAGUCGCAGGCACAUAUAGACACGGACAACCAUUCGCACUCACAUUCACACCGUCACUGAGUGGGAACUGAACCCACGCUGCCCGCACCAAAGUCAGGCGAGUGUACCACGACACCAUCAGUGACUUACAGUAUAGUAUAAUGUAAUACAAAAACUUGUAUUGUUAAAAUAAACAACGUUUACGUUUCCUCAAAUUGGUUAAAUAGAAUAUAUAUUUUUUAUUUACUCAAUUAUAUAAUAUUUUUAUUGUAAACACUAAAUUAUGUAAAAUAAAUAGAAUGUAAAGAUGAUUAUUUUAUGAAGUAAUCGAUUGAUUAUAAUUUAUUUCAUUAUAAAUACAAUUAAAAUGAGCAUUAAUUGUUAUGAAUUAUUGAAAUCCACUAUUUUACACACACAUUAACGUAUUUAUUUAAUUUUUUUACUUCAUCUCCAAAUGGCCUGGCCCAUUUGUCUGUUUUAAAAAUCAAGUUCGCCCCGUCACUAUUUUACCGCCUUGAAAACGUUGUGAUUGUUCGUCCAAAGUUGCACAAUAAAGUUUGAAUGUACAGCCAUCUAUGUUCUCUCCAUCGCCAUUCGAGUC